AUGGAGCUAGAGUUAGAGAUAGCUCCACCGUCACCCAGACGAAAUCCCUCCCCGCGUCGGGCACAAGAGGGGGAUAUUGAUUUAGAAGAAAGGGUAGAACCGGGUAGCAGUAGCAGAAUUAAGGAAGUUAUGGAGGGGCCAUCUGAAGUUGUGGUUCAUACACUGGCAGCAGGAGUGUGCAGAGAAGAUCCGGAAAGGGUAGCUACAGUUGUGGAAACAAUUAUUAGGACUCAGGAUCCCAAUUGGAAUGAUUUGCAAGUGGUAUUGGAUAACUUAUUAGAUAGCACUGAGAAACAGAUGGUGUUAAAGAUGGCAAAAACUCAGGCAGAGGCAGCAAGUGUAAGUGGUAUACUUACUGGAACUAUAGAACAGAAUUUCCCUUUGGGGAAUCCUCAAUGGGAUCCGAAUGUUGUGGAUCACAGGCAGAAAUUGACUCGUUACCAAGGAUGGAUACUGUAUGGAGUUAAGCAUGCACUGCCAAAAGCUAUGAAUUGGUCAAAAUUAUAUGAAGUAAGACAAGAUAAAAAUGAAUCCCCCUCAUUAUUCCUGGAAAGAUUAAAAACUACUGCCAGGAAAUACACUAAUCUGGACGCUGAAAAACCAGAAGAGGCUGUUCAAUUGGCUUCUAUCUUUAUGGGGCAAUCAGCCCUGGAUGUAAGAAAGAAACUUCAGAAAUUGGAGGGGGAAGAUUCGAGGGUUCUGAAUAAGAUGCUCAAAGUGGCAUGGAGAGUCUAUAAUAAUCGGGAGAAAGAAGAACAGAAAAAGGAGAAAGAAAGGAAAGUCAGGGAAAACAGGCUGCUCGCUGUUUUAACGGGAAAUUUGGUAAGAGGCAGAGGAAAAGGACAAGCCAGGGGAAGAGGAGGUUUUAGGAACUUUGGGGAAAAAAGAUUUAAUAUGUCAUUGGGGAUAAAUCAGUGUGCAUACUGUCAGGAAGAGGGGCAUUGGAAAAGAGAUUGCCUGAAAUUGAAAACAAAUCAGCAGGAGGCUGCGAGAAUGGUGGAUGAAUGAAGGGGACCGGAGGGGAACCCAGCUGAGCCUCUGGUUGCAAUUAAGCUGGGAGGCUCUGCAGUUGAAUUUUUAGUAGAUACCAGGGCAACGUAUUCUGUUUUGAACACCUGCAAAGGGAAACUGGGAAAUAAAACUGCAAAUGUAAUUGGAGCGACCGGGAAACAAGAAGAAAGGCCAUUCCUAAAACCCCUUAGUCUGAAAUUUGGAAAUAAGGUAAUUACACAUGAAUUUUUAUAUAUGCCAGAAUGUCCGAUGCACUUGUUGGGACGAGAUUUACUUUAACUAAACGCACAAAUAAUUUUUGAAAAACCCGACCAUCUUCGGCAAUCAACUGGCAAAAGAGCUCGAGAUGUGGAACAAAGUAAUCCAGAGUUGCCUGAUCAUCUACUUUUGCAAUACGUGGAUGAUAUAUUGAUCGCCACCAAGGAAAGAGCAACUUGCAUAAAGGAAGAAGGACAACUGGAACAUGACUGUUUAGCUACUGUCGAACAGGCAUAUUCCAGUCGAGAAGUCUUGAAAGAUACACCAUUGGAGGAUCCUGACGAGGAACUGUACACAGAUGGUAGCAGCUUUGUGGAAAAUGGAGUUCGCUACCCUGGAUAUGUGGUAACAGCUGAGACAUCAGUCAUAGAGGCUAAUGCUUUGCCCAGUAAUACUUCAGCGCAAAAGGCAGAGCUGAUAGCCUUGACAAAGGCGUUAGAACUGAGCGAAGGAAAGAAAGUAAAUAUUUGGACUGACUCUAAGUACGCCUUUGGUGUGGAGGAAGAACUUCAACAGAAGAGAGUUCUGUUUCAGAAGGAGCGUAGCCUGGAUGUAUGA